AUGGGAAAGCAAAUUCUUCGUGGUAUCAAACAAAGUUGGAGUGGUGGAGAGUAUUAUACUAAUGAAAAUAACAAUGAAUCUUCCAUAGCAAUGAUUGAUGAGAAAGAUCCAAAUGCUCCUUUAAUUGGAAAGACUAGUUUUAUUGAAGAGUAUUUUAUAAGAAGUACAGGAAAAUCAAUGAAAGAAACAUUUUGUUUUUCAAGUAUAUCUUACCUUGGGUUUUCAUUUAUACUUUCAAUUAUACAAUUUAUAUUUUUUAUAUACUCAACAAUAUCAUUAUUUUAUUUUGGUUGGGAAACACAAUACUCACAAGAAUCAGAUGAAUUUGGUUUUUCAAUAUUAUGUCUUUCACAUAUUUUAAUAAUUAUUGCCAUACUAUUGUAUAUAAUUGGAUUAGUUAGAAGGAAACAUUUAUUAUUAAUACCAAAUAUUAUUCUUCAUUUAUCAUUUAUUAUUCUAUCUUUUUUUAUUGCCAUAUAUACUUUGAUAUUAAUUGUUGGUGGUAUUUCAAUUAAUGUUAAUAUAUUAAUAAGAAAAAUUGAUCACAAUUCAGGAUCUCUGUCUUCUGUUAUGCAAAAUUCUGAUAAUAUUGAUAUUGGUAAAAAAAUUGGUAAUUUAAAACCAUUACUUUACAUAACUUUUGGUACAAUAAUAGUUAUGUUUAUUUUCCAACUUUUAUAUUUUAAUAUAUUAAGGAAAUGUUUUAUAAUUAUAAGAAAUGCCAAUAUGAAAAUAUUUAAUGAUUCAAAAGCAUUAACUGAAAUUAGUGAUAUGAAUGUUUCUACAAAUUCUAAUAAUGAAAUUUCAUCAUGUUCCAUUCUUGCAGAGGAAUCUUUAAAACAUAACUCUACUAUAAAAUCUUCAACACCAAUCUCUAUGUAUACAAUUUUUACUAUACUACAAUUUACGGGUUCUAUAUGA